AUGCAACCUCUCUGUACUAAUCAUUAUUACUGCCAAAGAGGAAUAAACGUUAUGGGAAGAUGUGGAGCUACAAUUCAAAAUUGGUUUUCAGCAAUAGAAAAAGGCGAUCUGUCGCUGGUUGAAAAACUCUGGAAGGAUAUAAGUGAUAUAGAUGUCACGGAUACUUACAUCCUCAAUAAUAUUAAGCAUGAUAAUGUAACUGGGCUGAUUAUUGGUGCCCAUUUCGGUCACAAGGAUGUAGUUAAAUGGCUUUUAAAAAAUAAAGCAAAUGUUAACUGGGAAACUAAUCUGAAAUGGCGUCCGAUUCAUUUUGCCGCUGAACGUGGUCACUGUACCACGGUGGAUAUGCUUUGCAGCAGCGGAGCACUUAUUGACCCACUUACAAUGAAUAAUGAAACUCCUCUGUCUCUGGCACUUCAGUCUCACAUGCGCGAUACUGUGCUCAAACUUGUACAUCUAGGAGCACAAACAAACAAAAGUAACGAAAGUCUAGUUUAUCACUACGUUUGCCGUGAGAUGCUAGUACCGGAUAAUUCAUCACAAACGCAACGUGAGAAUGUUGAUACUGCUCUUGAUGGGAGUUUACAGUUGCGAAAUCAAAGUCCACCAACCAAUUCAUUAUCAGUACCAGAUGCCAGUUCUUCUCUAUGCUUAAAUGGUGAUACAAAGGACUUUUCGAUUGCAGUUUUCGACAAUCAAGUUAUAAUGAAUCAACUUCAGUGUCAGUCGACAAGUUACGACUUAGAACUUGCCAGACGAAAAAGAGAACUAAUAAGGCACCUACGAUUCCUACCAUGUAUGUCACAACAUUCAGCUAAUCAAUUCCUGCAAUUGACUCAGCGUGUUUCCCGUGCAGAUUUACCCUUGGAAAAUCGUCUAUCUACAGUUUCUCAUCUCUUCAGUCUGCUUCCUAUUCUGUCUCCCAGCGAUACUCACAGUGAUCUUUCCAGUGAAACUCUUGAUCAACCACUAAACGUACCGCGUUUUGCGCAACUUGUUGGUCUUAUUGCUCGAUGUUUAACUAGCUCUCUUCCAAAAGCCAGCCAGAUUUCCCUGUCCUCACGAAUUUCUGACCUUGUAGAUAUUCUUGUGGGUUGGAGUGUGGAUUCGUCUGGUGGCUCAAAAGAUGUAAAUGUAAGCACUAUAUGCGACGAAAUAUACUUUGGCCUUUCACAUUGGUUUUUCCUACGUACAGAAGAUAAACCUGAAGAAUCAAAGCAGUUUAUAUCGUUGCCGGUUGUAAAUGAGAAUAUUCGAGAAAUGGUUACUCACUUAUUGGAAGAUAGCGAAAAUUUACUGAAUGCAGCUAUUUCAGAAGGCACCACUGUUAACAACAAACGUAAUCCUACAGUACCAGGAGGUGCGAUACUUUCAUCUGACCCAAACGGUCAUUUGGUAUCACUUCAACUUUUCCUCAAUGUUUUGUCUAGCAUGUUUGGAGAUAGCAGAAGAAUUGAUAUACCAAGUCAGAAAAUUUUCCAAUUACUGUGUGAUUUAUCGUCUAUGAAGUCUCUUCAAAAAGCUGUUUGCGAAUUAGCAUUAUCUGAUCUUGAAUUGGCAACAAAUUCUCAGAAAGAUAUAGAUUCGUCUGUACCUUCAAGUACUUGUAAUUUGGAAACCUUAUCAUUAUUCAGUUUAUCACUGUUAUCCAAAUUGAUGCAAAACAUGUCUUAUGACCUCAGAAAUGAAUUACUUUGUCGUAUAUUUGAGAUUGUUCGAGUAAACUGUUUGAAGAACUGGUCUGUUGUUCCAACCCGUCUCAGAAUAGUCAUCCUGACAUUUUUGAAUAAUCCAUCACUACUUACAACAUUUCAAACAGUUAACAUUAUGGAUAUGCUAACCAGCUUUCUUUCUAUCAGGAAUAUUUCCAAUAUGGAGGGUUGUAUUCUUCUGAAUUUAAUCGACUGCUUUUUCUCUGAAAGUAUCGUGUGUUCCGAUAAUAAGCUAACUUUACUUACUCACCUCGUAGUAUUGUCAAAGCGUACACUUGUUUCACAAGCAGCUUUGGAUUCAUCUUGUCAAAAUGUUUUUAUCCUGUGCACGAACGUACUUGUGAAAUAUGCUCUCCCAUACAUCAAGAAGGGUGAUGCAAAACUUGCUUCUUAUCUUUUACACUUAGCACAAAUCUCAUUAUCUUAUCCAUGUUUGCAAGUUCAAAAAGCUGGUAACGAUUUAUUACUUCUAGUUGGAUCAUUUACUUCCAAUAAAGUCGAAUUUCCAUCAACCAAAUUAUAUUCAGAAUUGCUCUGGAUUACUACUCGACGACCAGAUUAUUCGUCUACAGCUUUAUUAUCGUCAACCAGUCUUGGUUACACAGUCUGUAAUAAUAGUCCAGCGGCGAUGAUCACUUCUUUUCCUAGCCUUCCCGCUAUUGCAGGAAUUCUGUGCAUUUUAACAAGAGGAGCUCCUUAUACACAGAAAUCAGAAAGUAGUCGACUGAGAAUUCUAAAGAACCCAAAUGAUUGGAUCCGACGUUUGUCGCAUUUAAUUUCUCCGCUUCCAUCAGAUUGCAAACGUGACCUGUCAUUACUUCAGUGCACUAGUUUUAUGCAGCCGGUAUUAUGGCACACAGCAUGGGCAAUGGUCGAUUACAAAUUAAAGGUUGCUCCUUGGGCUAAUCCACUGAAAACAUUCUUCUCUUUUGAGGGAACUUUAAGAGCGUUUCUACAAUCAAAAGACACCAUCGAUUCUUGUAAUGGAAACUCGAAUUCAAUAGCCCCUUUCUCUGUAGCUUCUUCCAAGGCGCUUGCUUAUCAGACAACUAAUCGACAGCUUAGUCAAAUUCAGUUGCUUAUGAGGUUUUUGGGUUAUCUUGAACGUAUUAUUUUCAAUGCCACUAGUGGUUUUGCGACUGCGCUACCACGUCCUUCAACAACUGCUGCUCUAUUUUUCACAGCAAAUGAAAAUACUUGUACCCAGUGGUACAAUCGAAUUCGAAAUCUUCUAAUUCUAAUAUCAAGUGACUUACCAUUGGUAUCGAGAACUGGUUUAGGACCAGCUAUUGAAGUCUUAUCUACUACUGUCCAUCACUCAUAUAGCUUGCUGAGGAUUGUUUCAAGUUACAAAAGCCCGAAUGAUCGUGAUGUGUGGCUGAACACGUUGAGGCAGUAUGGUGGAUCAAGUGAUAUAAUUAUUCAUUUAUCUAAAUCGCUUCAUAAAUUAGGAGCUUGGGAAGAAUUGGAGGCUUUAGCACAAUGGCUGGACGACCUCUUCACUCCACAACAGAAUCCAUUUUCCUGGCUUCAUGGUGUUUCUUUAUUAACUCGUGGAUAUUGGGAUCAAGGCAUUUUACAACUAACUGGUUAUCUGGAUUCUAACUUAUCCAAAAGCAAAGUAUUAUCUUCAGAAAAUUUUGCCACUACCGAGGCCAGUGAAAUUUCCAUUCAUGCAGUGUCCACAGUGUAUGUUACUGACCUCCUUCUUCAAAGUUAUCUUCUUGAAGGUAACUAUGAUGCUGCUGUGAAACUGCACAGUCGUGUAAAAACGUGUUUUAAGGGAAAAUUACUGAAAGAAGAUUUCUCACUAAAGCUUACUUCCAGACGUCUUGACUGUAUGAAUAAAUUGUCUAAAUGGACUUCUUCAAAAGAUGUUAGUGAUAAUUGUGAUCCGUCUGAACUGUUGUCGCACAACUUUCUUCAAACACACCUGAAUAGUUUACUAGUCAAUGCUGUGUGUUCAAUGCGUCAAACUCAACAUAUAUCCUCAUCAAAGUGUUUAUCCGAGUUGAUUUCCAUAGUAAGACAAAGGUCAGCAGCUGCAACCUCGCUUCCUUCCAUAAACAUGUUUGCUGAUUAUUAUUCUCAGUCGAAAACUGUUCUCAAUGAUGGUUUACAGGAUUGGUUGAUCAAGGCUCAGUUGUCGAUUACUGAAGAGACAUGCACUUCAUAUGAAAUAUCAGAUCCUUUGACCUACUCAUCAUGGAUGCACCUUGCAUCGUUAAACGAGAAAACCCACUCUACUUCUGAGCUUUCCGCUUGUCAAUGGGCAUGCUUAAAUAACUCUCCAGAACUGGCGCAGCGUUUAAUUACUAAGGCAGCUAACUGUCUUACACUGCUAGAACAUAACGUCUCUCGAGACAAAGGAGAAACGUCAUGUUUUGAUGAACUUUGUAAUGUGGUUUUGGUCAGUUCCAGCGAUAUCCUAUCUAAACUGUCACGAGUAGAUGCUUUGCAGUUCUAUUACUGCUUGGCUAAAACUCUAUGGCUAUCAUGCAGUAGGGGAACAGAAGAAAAUGAAAAAGAUGGAAAAAUUAAAGCAAUCGCAAUGUUGGUAUCUGCUUUGAAACUAGCAUUAUUUCAAAAAGUGAAUUGUAAUAUGUUAAAAACUGCAACUCAGUGUAAUUUGGAAGCUGAAAUGGUUGUGUGUCUCUCCGAGUGGUUAGAAUCGCCAUCCGAUCCCGAUAAUGUCCCAUGGACUGAAAGGAUAUGUCGAGAUUUGACAAGUUCAAAUAUGUCUGAACAAAAGUCUCAAAGACUUUUAGCCAUAGCGUCAGACCUCGAUAUGUUCAGUUGUUUUGCUGAUGUUUCUUCGCCUAGUAGUGGGCUUCCUGAUGUCACCAAGUGUGUCCAACCUACUACAACAUAUCCUCUCCUAGCGUCCACAUGGCCUAACCGCCUAUUAAUGAUGGCUACUCAUCUAAAUGCAAAUGGCUCAUCUGCAUCUGUUUGGCUAGCAAUGGCAAAUUGGUGCUAUUCUCGAGGUUGUAAAAAAAUUGACGAGUUUCAGUCAGCUGCAAGAAUGUAUAUUAAGGAUCGUAGCGAAAUGUCUCCAAGUCAUCCUGCUGUUCCUGUCCUAUUGAAAUUGGUACAGUCAACAGAAUAUCCCUUAUUAACUAUGUUAACUGAAAGACUAUGCAUCUCAUCACAAGAAAAUACAAAGAAUGAUGAAAAAUUAGAUUCCUCUAUACCAGCACUAAUCAGUGCUUUAGUGACCUUUUUAGCUACUGAUGUGUGUAGUCAAGAUGAAAUGGAGGUUUACAAACAUCACAACACAUUAAAUAUUCAUCUGCAUCAAUUUUCUCCUCAUUGUCCUGAUGAUCAGUUAGAUGGACAGAUACAAGAAAAGUUCUCUUCACAUUUAGUCAGCAUUCUUCCACAGUUGAAGAAGUCACAUCUGACUUCAGAUUUAAUUCACCAACUGCACCAGCUAUUAGUUUCAAUAACAGAACGUCAACAUGCCUUGCAUAUGUCAGCAGCACAAGCUUAUGCCACAUUUCUUACUAUAGUGGAUCGGUCUGGUGUACCUGAAAAUUCGCUCUUCUAUAAGCCAAUCACCCAAUUAGAUAUCAAAACAACAACUUUGAAAUUUCUGGAUUUGUUGUGCUGUCCGUCUCGUAAGCUGAGAAGCAUGAUUUCUGGUUUCCUAGAUCAAACCAAUCCAGUACUACAGGAAUUCUGUCAAAGUCAUUCUUUGGAUGUAGAUAAGAGUGAAUUUCAACAAACAAAAACAAUUACUUCCAGUUCAACAUUAGGUGGUCCAACAGUCUGGGAAACCUGUUUACCUCAAGUUCUGAUUCAGUUAGGUUUACCAGAUGAUAUGAUUCGAGACUGUUUAGUUGCACUACUGAACCGACUUAUCAUUAUUGAUAAUGAAAAUGUUAGUUCCAAAUGGAGUUCUCCGUCUUACCGUCUUGCAGCCCAACUGGUUUUUCCGGCUGUAGUUGCUGCAUCAAAUCCUGUUACCACAAAUAUUGGACAAAAAUGCAAUUCUCCUUAUUUUACGAACAGUCCUGAUCAUACAAGUUCUGUAAGUGCAUCUAUCUUGAAGCCAAAAGUCGAUCCAUCUCAUUCAUUUUCACAAAUAGUAGCAGCUUUGAAGAGUUCAGGUUUAGGUGAUCUUGUUGAACGUGUAGAAAUUUUUACCUAUGAACUACAGCGUAUUACUGUUCUGUGGGAAGAAUUAUGGCUGGGUUCAUUAGUACAGCACUUGGAUGAACUGUCAAAAAAGAUAAACAUUUUGAAGUUGGAACUGGAACGCGCUGGACAAACAGAUGUAUACAAAAGUGUUAGCUAUUUGAAGGCAUUAUCUAAACAUGCAUCCACCAAUGGACUUCUCUCAGAUGAAAACGAGAACACACUUUCACAAUCAAGUGAUGUAACCACAGAUGAUAUUGUUGCUUCAUUGUCAGUGUAUGAUACUGAAGAUAAACUGGUGACGCAUAAAGAGUUUUCAGAGGCUAUUACUCGAGCGAAGUAUAUUGCUACAUUUCAACCAACUCUUGAUUUGAUAUCACAACUGAAUGCUUUAACCAUGCACGUGAAACCUGAAACUCCCCAUGAAGAAUGGUUCCAAAAGACUUUCGGGCAGGCGAUUAACGAACUACAAGAAACCUUGUCACAACCGGCAGAUCCUAAAGAUGUGAAAGAACCUAUUUUAAUUACUCGUCGACUCAUCCAGCAGCUUCAAACGUCACAUCGAUCAUCAUUUUCUCAAAUUCAUACUGUUUUUCGUGGAGGAGAAGCUCCAGAUAUUGAUAUUAAAGUAUCAGAUAACAAUAUUGCUUACUUACAUCUUCGUCAGCUUAGUCCUCGACUUUCAAAUAUGCAUUUUGAAAAUUGUAUGAUUUCAUCAGAUAAACUAACUUGCGGUAUCCCACUGCCUGGUCAUUUUGGAAUAGAAGCUUCUCAUUUAGGUAAUAGCAUUACUAUUCUUCCAACGAAAACGCGUCCCAAGCGUUUACUGCUUAGAGCACAGAACGGUCGUACGUAUCCUUAUCUUUUAAAAGGUUUAGAAGAUUACGCCUUGACGACCGUAUAA